AGUGAUGGAGUCCGGUACCGGCACCGAGCACGGUAACAGCGGCGGCUGCUUCCUGUACUACGGGUACGGCAGUAACCUGCUGCGGGAGCGGCUGCUGCUGAGCACCCCCACGGCGGCGGUGUACGGCCCGGCACGGCUGCAGGAUUUUAAGCUGGAGUUUGGCCAUCAUCAAGGCAGGACGAGUUCUGUCUGGCAUGGAGGUACAGCUACCAUUGUUCAGAGCCCUGGAGACGAAGUAUGGGGAAUAGUGUGGAAAAUGAACACUAGCAAUUUAAGUUCACUGGAUAAGCAAGAGGGAGUUGAAGCUGGCAUUUAUGUCCCAAUAGAAGUUAAUGUCCAGACUCAAGCAGGAGAGGUACUGACCUGUCGGAGCUACCAGAUGCAGGACUAUGUCUGUGGUCCCCCUUCUCCUCAGUAUAAGAAGGUUAUCUGUAUGGGUGCAAAGCAGAAUGGCUUGCCAACCGACUAUCAGAAGAAAUUAGAAGCUAUUGAAACUAAUAACUAUGCAGGGCCAGUGCCAAUCAUGGAAAAGAUUGAAGCUGCUAUUAAAGGAAAGGAGAAAACCUCUGCAUAGAAUACCUCUGCACUUGCUUGGCCAUUUACCUUCAUUUAGAUACCUCUCAUCACCCUGCUGAUCAGCAGUCCAUUGAUUUAUCCAGGAAAGAUGAGUUUGCUCUGCAUCUACAUCAGACAUCAUUUGCAGUCUGAUGACACACUGACAUUGGUAACUGUGUAUAGCUUGAGUACCUGCUGAAGUUGUUACAGAUGUAGACAUUCUCUUCCUGUAAUUGUCACACAAAUCUGUGCUUCAUGUCCCAUUUACUGCCCUUUUUAAAAGAAAAAGGCCAUCUUGAUGACUGUAUUUGUUCCCUUCUGAGGAGUAAGGGCUGCAGGAUCAGGCCCUUUGUUCUUCAGUGCUCUAUAUACUAGCAUCAAGACUCAAAGAUUUGUUAGAUGCAAACUAGACUCAAACUCUAAACCAAGACUAAACUCUUUCCUCUUCUGCUUCUCUUGAUGAUUUAAAGGCCAAGCUACCUAAAGCUAUGGACUUCCUGUUUCUGUUCAUACAGCUAACAAAGAAAAGUAAUGGGUUUUUAAACUAUUUCCAUGUUUUUAAGUGUUAGUCCAUAAGGCAAACCCAGCCCUGAAGACGGCAUUUGGCAAAGGAUCUCAUUCAAAGUCUCAUGGCUGUCUACUUUCUAUGCAUACUGAUAGGUUAGGUAUAACCAGCAAAUUGUAAAGAAUUCAUUUUAGUUAGAUAAUUCUAAGGGGUUUUUAAAUGACCUAUUUGACUGGCUUGGUGCUAUCUAAGCCUUGCUCUCACUCCCAGUGAAAUCAGGAUGCCCUCUGUGACUCCCAGUGCAUUUGUGUCAUGGUUUGCUUGUCUGUUAUACCCCACAUGAACAGACUUCACCUGGCUUUGAUAAUCUGCAGAACUGGAAGCUUUUGCAAGGUUUAGAGUACUUACCUCCAUGGCACGUGGCAACCCAUGGAGUUAACCUGUGGGGAACAAGGCAAAGCUGACACCCAGAAGGAUGUCAAACAACUGAACUUUGGCUUAUCUUCUGUACAGUGUGUUCUGUUGUUCUCUUAAUGUACAGAGGGAUGUAAGAUAACCAGUGUCACUGUGUGACUGCUUAGAUAAACAAAUGACAAAGUAACAUGUCUUCUCUGCAUAAACUGUCUGUUAACUGCUGCUGGGGAUGGAUGGAUGCUGUCCUGUGUGUGUUUUCAGAGCUGGGCACUGUCUCUGCAGUAAAACACAGUACUCUGAGUGUUGGCAAUGUCUAGCCUGAGUAAAUAAAACUGCAGUUACCAAA